AUCGCGGAUCAGAUGCUCCCUGUGCGGGCUGGGAGCGAGCAGCGCCGCGCGCACAUGCAUGGAGCUGCGCGCACAACUUGUGUCCACAGCCGCCGGACUUCUCUCCUGCAGGAUUUAGCGGUCUGGACUUUACUCCUCCACCUCCUCCAUCCCUCCUCCAUCACCUCCUCCUCCGCCACCAUGCGUCCCGCCGCGCUGCUCCUCGUGCUGACCGCCGCCGUGUACGCGGACAGCAUGGAGGGACCAACAGCUGGCUGUACCUUUGACGAGGACUCGGACCCGGGUCUGUGUGAGUACCGCCAAGGCCAGGAGGACGACUUCGACUGGCAGCUGAUCCGGACCUACAACUGGCCUCACCCGACGCCCGAUCUGCUGCGAGGGUCCUUCAUGAUGGUCAACGCCUCGCAGCACUUCGGCGGCCAGCGGGCGCAGCUGCUGCUGCUGCCGCUCAGCGAGAACGACACCCACUGCAUCCAGUUCAGCUACUUCCUGUACAGCCGCGACGGCCACAGCCCCGGGGACCUGCAGGUCUACAUCCGCGUCAACGCCGGGUCCAAGGGCAGCGCCGUGUGGAAUGUCUCCGGCUCCCAGGGGCGCCAGUGGCACCAGGUGGAGCUCGCCGUCAGCACCUUCUGGCCCAGCGAAUACCAGGUCAUCUUCGAGGCGACCGUUUCCGAGGAGCGGCAGGGCUACAUCGCCUUGGACGACAUCGUGCUGCUCAAUUACCCCUGCUACAAGGUGCCUCACUUCUCUCGGCUGGGCGAGGUGGAGGUGAACGCCGGCCAGAACGCCUCCUUCCAGUGCGUGGCCACGGGGAAGGUGUCGGAGGCGGAGCCCUUCCUGCUGGAGCGGAGGAACGGCGUGGUGCUGGACGCGCCCCUGCUGUCCCGGCUGAGCCACAAGCGGCUGAUGGCGACGUUCCAGGUGGAGGCGCAGCGCGGCGAGCAGGACCUCUACCGCUGCAUCACCUCGUCCACCAGGGGCGCCACCGUGUCCAACUUCGGGGAGCUCAUCGUCAGAGUGCCCCCGACGCCGAUCGCGCCCCCCCAGCUCCUGCGGGCCGGCCCCACCUACCUGAUCAUCCAGCUCAACACCAACUCCAUCGUCGGGGACGGCCCGGUCAUCCGCCGGGAGAUCCAGUACCGCGCCAGCCAGUCCAUGUGGACGGAGACCCACGGCGUCAGCUCGCUCACCUACAAGGUGUGGCACCUGGAGCCCGACACCGAGUACCGCAUCAGCGUGCUGCUCACCCGGCCGGACGGGGGCACCGGCGCGCCCGGACCGCCGCUCGUCAGCAGGACCAAGUGCGCAGAGCCCAUGCGUGCCUUGCGAGGCCUGACGGCCACGGAGAUCCAGCCCCGGCAGCUGGCCCUGCAGUGGGAGCCGCUGGGCUACAACCUGACCCGCUGCCACACCUACACCCUGUCGCUGUGCUACCGCUACUCCAUGCCGACGGGCGGCAGCGGCGGCAACAACGCCACCGUCAGGGAGUGCCUGUCCGUGGAGCGCAACACCUCCCACUUCACCCUGAGGGACCUGCCGCCGUUCCGCGCCGUCCACGUCCGGCUGGCGCUGGCCAACCCCGAGGGCAAGAAGGAGAGCCGGGAGGUGACCUUCCAGACGGAGGAGGACAUUCCCGGCGGCAUCGCCCCCGAGUCCCUGACCUUCACCCCGCUGGACGACAUGAUCUUCCUGAAGUGGGAGGAGCCUGUGGAGCCCAACGGCCUCAUCACGCAGUACGAGAUCAGCUACCAGAGCAUCGAGUCCUCGGACCCGGGCAUCAACGUGCCGGGCCCGCGGCGCACCGUGUCCAAGCUGCGGAACGAGACCUACCACAUGUUCUCCGGCCUGCACCCCGGGACCACCUACCUGGUGUCGGUCCGCGCCCGCACCGCCAAGGGCUUCGGCCAGACGGCGCUGACCGAGAUCACCACCAACAUCUCCGCGCCGGUGUUCGACUACGAGGACAUCCCGUCGCCGCUGAGCGAGUCGGAGAGCACCAUCACCGUGCUGCUGCGCCCGGCGCUGGGCAGGGGCGCGCCCGUCAGUGCCUACCAGGUGGUGGUGGUGGAGGAGGACGGCUCCCGCCAGGUGCGGCGCCGCGAGCUGGGCACCGUGGACUGCUUUCCCACCCCCAACUCCCACAGCGAGGCCCAGGCCAAGGGGGCGCCGCACUACUACACGGCCGAGCUGGCGCCCAGCAGCCUCCCCGAGGCCACGCCCUUCACCGUGGGCGACAACCACACCUACAACGGCUACUGGAACAGCCCCCUGGACCCCACCAAGAACUACCUCAUCUACUUCCAGGCCACCAGCAACUUCAGAGGGGAGACCAGAAUCAACUGCAUUCGGAUUGCUCGCAAAGCCGCCUGCAAAGACUCCAAAAGGGCUAUGGAGGUUUCCCAGCAUGCCGAGGACAUGGGUUUGAUCCUGGGAGCGUGCGCCGGCGGGCUGGUGGUGCUGAUCCUGCUCCUCGGGGCCAUCGUCAUCAUCGUGAAGAAGGGAAGGGACUUCUAUUCUUACCCUUACUACCCUAGGAAGAAGGUGGCCAUAAACAAGGCGGCCAUGUCCUACAGGCAGGAGAAGAGCCGGAAGCUGAGCUCUCUGGACUGCAGCAUGACGGAGCAGAGCACUCUCCAGCAGGACGAGAGGAUGGCGCACUCCUUCAUGGACGCCCACGGCUGCAACGCUCGAAAUGAGCAGCGCAGCUCCGUCAACGAGUCCAGCAGCUUGCUGGGAGGCUCGCCGCAGCGGCACUGCCGGAGGAAGAGCUCGCCGUACCACACGGGUCAGCUGCACCCGGCCGUCAGGGUGGCCGACCUCCUGCAGCACAUCAACCAGAUGAAGACGGCCGAGGGCUACGGCUUCAAGCAGGAGUACGAGAGUUUCUUCGACGGAUGGGAUGUGACCAAGAAGAAAGACAAGACCAAAGGGCGACACGACAGCCUGCUCAGCCAUGAUCGCCAUCGAGUCAAGCUCCACUCCCUGCUGGCAGACCCCAGCUCCGAUUAUGUCAAUGCCAACUACAUCGACAUUCGGAUAAACAGGGAAGGCUACCAGCGGUCCAACCACUUCAUCGCCACUCAAGGCCCCAAGCAGGAGAUGAUCUACGACUUCUGGCGGAUGGUGUGGCAGGAGAACUGCUUCAGUAUUGUCAUGAUCACCAAGCUGGUGGAGGUGGGCAGGAUGAAGUGCUGCAAGUACUGGCCCGAUGACACAGAUCUGUACGGCGACAUUAAGAUAACGCUGCUGAAGACAGAAACGCUGGCGGAGUACACGGUGCGAACCUUCGCCAUGGAGCGGAGAGGCUAUCCGGCCAAACACGAGGUGUGCCAGUUCCACUUCACGUCCUGGCCCGAGCACGGCGUGCCCUACCACGCCACGGGCCUGCUGGCCUUCCUCCGCCGGGUCAAGGCCUCCACGCCCCCGGACGCCGGUCCUGUGGUGGUUCACUGCAGCAUGGGGGCGGGCCGGACCGGCUGCUACAUCGUGCUGGACGUCAUGCUGGAUAUGGCCGAGUGUGAAGGGGUGGUGGACAUCUACAACUGCGUGAAGACGCUCUGCUCCCGCCGCAUCAACAUGAUCCAGACUGAGGAGCAGUACGUGUUCAUCCACGACGCCAUCCUGGAGGCCUGCCUGUGCGGAGAGACCGCCAUCCCCGUCACCGAGUUCUCUCUCACCUACAAGGAAAUGCUGAAGGUCGACUCGCAGAGCAACACCUCGCAGCUCAGAGAGGAGUUCCAGACGCUGAACUCGGUGACCCCCCACCUGGACGUGGAGGAGUGCAGCAUCUCCUUGAUGCCGCGCAACCGCGAGAAGAACCGCAGCAUGGACGUGCUGCCGCCGGACCGCUCGCUGGCCUUCCUCGUCACCACCGAGGGCGAGAGCUGCAACUACAUCAACGCGGCGCUGGCCGACAGCUUCCUGCGGCCCGCCGCCUUCGUGGUGACGCCGCACCCGCUGCCGGGGACCACCACCGACUUCUGGAGGCUGGUCUACGACUACGGCUGCACCUCCGUGGUGAUGCUGAACCAGCUGAACCAGUCCAACUCCGCCUGGCCUUGUCUGCAGUACUGGCCCGAGCCGGGGCUGCAGCAGUUCGGACCCAUGACGGUGGAGCUGCUGUCCAGGACGGCCGACGACGACGUGAUCAUCCGUCUCUUCCGGGUCCAGAACAUCACCCGGCUUCAGGAAGGCCAGCUGGUGGUGCGCCACUUCCAGUUCCUGCGCUGGUCGCCGUACCGCGACGUGCCAGACUCCAAGAAAGCCUUCCUCAGCCUCCUGGCUCAGGUCCACAACUGGCAGCGGGAGUGUGGGGAGGGCCGCACCGUCGUCCACUGCCUGAACGGCGGCGGCCGGAGCGGCACCUUCUGCGCCUGCACCAUGAUCCUGGAGAUGAUUCGCCACCACAGCGUCGCCGACGUCUUCUUCGCCGCCAAGACGCUGCGCAACUCCAAGCCCAACAUGGUGGAGACGAUGGAGCAGUACCGCUUCUGCUACGACCUGGCCCAGGAGUACCUGGACUGCCUGGAGGUCAGAUAGCACCCAUCCCCCCCUCCUCCUCCCGCCCCUCCACGGGGGAACGCUCCGGAUCCGGAUCCUGCACCCUGGAUCUCCGCUCCUGCCUCCUUGAG